CCUUAGGUAACUCAAGCCACUUCUUUUCGUUCCAUUACCCCGACCAUACUUAUUUUGAGAGAUGAGGCUGUUGGCAUACGCUGCCAGUUUUCUAUCCCUCACAGGGCUAGUCAAUGCUCAAUACUUUUCGGCUGGAUGGACACCAGGACAACCCGUCCCAAGCCAAACUCCCUCCCCAGCACACGCCUCACAUCCCCCAUCCACUCCUGCCACGCAAAGUCGGCCAGGGAAGAUAUCGUCGUUCCUGGACAGCCUUGUGACAGCAGGACCUGUGGGCGCUAUAUCCUCUCUCAUUGGUUUCAACAUUACUGGAACUCCAGCUGUGACUUCGGAUGAGCGCAUACCACUCAUCACGGAUGAGAACUACGCAGAAAUUAUCGUGAAUGAGACACUGACUUCGGAGGAGGAGAAAGAACGGGUUUGGUUCCUUAUAAUAACAGUCACCGCGGGUCAACCAGAAGGUGUCUCGAAGUUCGUCGAUAAUGUUUUCGAUGCCACGUAUAAUUAUACCCUGGAGAAAGGAGAGCUCCCUCAUGUGCGCUUUGGUCGGAUCGACUAUCUCAAUGUUACGACCAUCACCACUAAAUGGUCUGUCUGGUCCGCGCCUUACCUUGUUGUAUUGAAAGACCGAGGGCAGACCUUGCGGUUUUACAAGGCCGGUCAGAUAAGGUUGACCGACGAAAUUCUGCACCAAUUUCUCAAGGAGGAGGCGUGGAGCAUGAAGGAGCCAUGGAAAUCCAUCUAUGGCCCAGGCGGCGAACGCGAAUAUAUUUUAGAUUACCUGGCACAAUUGCUGUCCAUGCUCUACCAAACUCUUGUUCGUGUGCCGAAAUGGCUCAUGUACACGAUGAGUGGAGGUCUUGCGACCUUCCUCAUUAACUUUUUGCAUAAGCCUUCGCCUCCUCAGAGUGCUUCUAAGCCUGCAGUGAAGCCUGCACCCGAGCCUGUGUCUGCAUCCCCUGCCCCAGAACCCGUUGUUGCGUCGUCGAAUGCGACGAAUACGCCUCGGAAGGGGUCUACUAAAAGGAAGGGAAAGAAGUGAUCGGAAGCAAUAUACCCAUGCACUAUUGGAGAACUUAUGUAUUGUCAUAAUGUAUUUCCAUCUUGUAGGUUGUACAAUGAAAAAUCCUUAGCUGGCGCCUGACGCGCUAGUUGAUGCCCUUUAGAAAGUGCGGCUGUCUUCGCUUCCAUGACAGAGUUUCCCGAGCUCAUCGCAGUCCUCAUCUCGAACAGUGAUUGAACAUGUCUAGACAGCCUCCUGUGAGUUGU